CUAUCUCUCUUCCGCCAAAUAGUAAGGUGUUGUGUCUUGUGGAAGUCCGGCGAUGUCUCGAAUGUCUGCGAUUACACGAAUCGUAGACGCACACAUCAUCAAGACAAGACGGUUGCAGAGUCACCUGACAAGACGGUGGCAGAGUCACCUGCGGUGGUGAGCCGACGGUUGUACACCCGCACAUCGUCAUUUUUUGCACUAUCCAUUUGCUCCAAGUUGAACCCAUUCCAAGGCCGACUAGGCGGCUCUUCGUCGGCGUGGCCACGCAAACGCCCAUCUCUGGACACACAUACAUAUGCAUCGCGGGAGAGACAAUAGGAUAGGCAUGAAGUCAGGCAGCCAGGCAAUGUGAAUAUGAUUGAUUAGAACACUUGUACUUAGAAAAAGGCCUACAAGUAGUAUCGGAGGUAUCCGUCUUCAU